AUGCAGAACGCUCGCAGCGAUGACUCGGCCUCUUCAGGAUCGAGGCACCCGUCUUCAUUGUCCUCACCAUCUUCACCAAUAGACCCAUCCACCAAAUCUCGUUUCUCCUCGUCUUCUAGAUCCAGAUCCCAACCAGAUCCAGCCGCUUUUCGCCAGUCUGUUCUCGACAUGGAUGCACUUCUCACCUUCACCGACGACGAUCGCCACUCGGACGCCAACGACAUCUUUGAUCCCGUCCUCCCUGCCACAAAACCACGUUUCAAGCGUCCUUUUGGUAUGUCCGGCGAGCGCAUGUUCAACCAGCAGCUCAAAUCCAUCGGACACGCUCAGGAUCCCAGUCCGACCGUCAAACCCUUCGACAUUAUCCACAUCCCGGAUGAGCCCGUCUAUCAACGUCCACCCACUGCAGACGACACUCUAGCGCUGCUCCUCCCCCUCCUGAUUCUCCUCUCCACCUUACUCUUCUUGCUGCUUCUCUUCAUUAUCCUUGUCAUCGUCGUCAGGCGCAAGGCACGCAUCUCGCUCGGCGACUCGGAUGGCCCGCUCGAUGUCGGUCGCGAAGAGGAGCUCGAGGGGACAGGCGGUCUGGAUGGCAUUGAGCAGCGCUGGCUUGAAACCGUCGAGGAGCCCAUCCAGCGCGGCUACCGUCGAGCCAAGGACUGGAUCCUCGCCUAUCCACCGGGUACCCAGUCGACCGAUAUCACGCUCAGCCAGUUCCUCAGCAUCCAAGAAAAGGGCGUCAGUGCGUGGUCCUUUGACCCGGACUACGAAAGCAACCCUUCCGUCUUUGUCGAGGCGCGUACCGAGAUCACCUUUAUUGCCGAUGGUGAGGGCAUGGCGCCGCAGGAAGGCGGUGGUGUCUGCGUCCAGAGCAACUUGCCCUUGCCCAAGAUCAACGAGGUCUACUACUGGGAGGUCAAGAUGUUCAACAAGCCCGACUCGACCAAUGUGGCUGUUGGUCUCACCACAAAGCCAUAUCCUCAGUUCCGUCUGCCUGGAUGGUCCAAGUACUCGAUUGGCUAUUUCUCCAGUGAUGGCUUCAAAUGCCACAACUACCCCUUUGCAGCACAGUCGUACGGUCCCGCCUACGGUCAAGGCGAUGUGAUUGGAAUCGGCUACCGUCCCCGAACCGGCACCGUGUUUUUCACUCGCAACGGCAAGCGUCUUGAAGACGCUUUUAUCGGCCUCAACCGUUACAAUCUGUUCCCUACGGUUGGUGCAGAUGGCGCUUGCGAGGUUCACGUCAACUUGGGGCAGGCCGGCUUCGUUUUCAUCGAGGCCAACGUCAAGAAAUGGGGAUUGGCGCCUAUGGUGGGGACGCUCGCACCACCGCCCGCUUAUGGUCAGGAGCGCGGCACGAUUUUGAUGGAGAGUGGUCAGGGCAGCUCGGCUGAUGCGAACGCAGCUACUUCGUCAUCUGCUGCUACUGCUGUGCUGCCUGGAAGGGAAUCACCUCCGCCGCCUAUCUCGCCAUAUGAAGAGCGCUCGCCCUCGUCUUCGCGCCAUCAUUCGUCCAGUCAGGCCGCCAACGUAUCCUCGCCCGCACCUGCAAGGACGUCGUCGCUGCGUCCCAGCAGGCAAGCAUUGGAAGCGUCGCCGCGCCCGAUGAGCAGGCCCAUGGAGUUGGACGACUCUUCGGACGGCAGCCCGCCCAACCCUCCUACGCCGCAUCGCCUUGACAUCUCGCUCCACUCGCUGUCGGACGCAUCCACAAGAGCAGGUGGCAGCGGCGCUGCCGAAGACUCGUAUUUCCCUGCGACGCCUCCCUCGCCCGCUGACCAGCUUCCGCCUGCGGCGGUAUCGCACCAUUCGCCGCCCUCGUACGCUGCGGCUGUGCAGCACGGAGCGCUCGGCGGCACCUCUGCUGCUCACCACCAAGCUCGUCGUGGGUCCGGGCGCACGCAUCAGCUGGCCAAUGCGGUGUUGGGCAUGCUGAGCGACAGGGGGCUGCUGCAGCCGAUCAAUCAUAACAAUCCGUCGCCGCAACCGAGUCCGAGCGUCGGCGGAGGUGGGUAUGGCGGUUUCGGCAGUGGGUAUGGCGGCGGGUUGAGCGAGGCUGAGUAUGAGAGGAUGUUGAGGCAGAACACUGCGCGCAAUAGUCGGGUUGCGGACGGGGGAAACGGCGGGAGUGCGGAUUACAGUCUUCAGGGCUGGGCGCAAUGGUUGGGUCUCAGAGCUGGAAGCAGUGGCGCUAGCAGUGGAGGAAGUAGUAGUGUUGGAAGCGCGAGUGGUCGGAGGGCAACAGCGUCGACCACGGGUUCGUCUACUUCGUCCGGCAGUCGGAUCGGGAACUCUGCGACGAGUAGCAGUAGUUCGUCGGCGAGUCGUGCUUGA